UACGUCAUCGACUCGCGACUGAAAAUGAUUCGAAUUAGCGUGAUCGACAUUUGCUGCUCUCACUACGCAUGAAUAAUGGGAUACUUGGCUCAUUCCUUUGGUUUAUAAGGUUCUAUUGAUAAACAAAACAACAACACGGAAAGUCAUCAAAGGAUUCUACGUGGGGGUAAAAUGAGUUUCAAAUCCAAAGACUUGUCGGACAUGUUUCGGCUUAACGCGUCCCUGUUGUUUCAAGGAAGCUGUCCGGAGGAAUCACGGUUUUUCCUGUAAGAAAUCAAUUAUUUUGCAUUAUUUAACACUUCACAACCCCCAUUGGCAUUACAUUUGGUUUUGAUGGUGGAAACGCAUCAUAAAAUAUUUAAAAGGCAUAACAGUGAGAAGUAUUUUGCGUGCCUGGAUAAAAAGAAGCCAGGCUCCUCUGCGGUGGCGUUGGAUAAGACAUUGGUAUGCCAGUACUGCUUCCAGUGGCUGCGGCCUGACAACCAGCGGCUGCGCCUGAAACCCAAACGCCGGCCCUCCGCCAGGGUGCAGAGGCUCCUGUGGCGCAGAGCCGAGGGCAAGGCCCUCAGCCUGCUACAGAAGCGCCGCCUGCAUCACUUCUGGACGUCAUCCUCAGUGCUGAUGGCCACCUGCCACGCGUGCAGCAAGACAACCAAACACAAAGGAAUGAACCGCGAGUUUUUGUCCACCUUUCCCACUCCCGGCAACAGCGGCAAGCGCAAGACCACUCCGUCGACCAACAAAUCCACUCCCGGCAAAGACAAGGCCCCCCUCCGCACCCCCAGGUCGUCUACAUCCUCUGGCACCCCCGGCUCCACCUCAUCCACCCCUUCAGCCACCAAGACCCCCUUCAAGGGCAAGAACUGGGUGGUCCGGCGUCUAAGCAAAAUCCUGAUGCGUGAGGAGAAGCCAGACAACAAGAAGGGCAGCUUGAAAGACUUCCUUUCCUCUCUCUGAGUCGCCUGGUCGUCUUCUACUUGGGGAAGCCGUUUCAACGGAAGGAAGGGAGGCCGCUUUUGGCUGCUUCGCUCUUACAGCGCCCCCUCUGGCUGGGAUGUUGCAACAGUGCCGCCAUGAACCUCUGGGACCUCAAAUGUGAUGGCUUUGAUCAGAGGUUUGGGAUGGAAAUUCCUCAAAUGAGCAUUUCUGCUUCAUGAAUGAGAAAUUUGAGGGAUUGUGUGGUAUUGAUGAACACCACGGUGAUGUCAAAUUUACAUGAUCACCAUUGAUAUCUUUAUUUCGCUUGACAACGUAAUUAUGGAAGCUGUUGAUAAGCUUAUACAGUGUCUAUUGUUGUUUCUUUACAAAGCUAAAAAAUUUUUUUAAGUAAAUCCAAGAAGCAAUUUGAUAUUAAUACUGUACUUCGGUGUGCGCAUGUUUGUAUGUGAAUGUUAUUUUUGUUUUUACUUGUAAAAUUUGCAUACAAUUGUCAACAUGUUCUUAUAAGAAGACUUGUGUCGCAUUUAUUUUUCCCUCUGGCUUUAUUUCUUGAUUUACAUAAUAGGAUGAUAUAUUGUCCUGUAGAAAUUUAAUCUAGUUUUCUUUUUUUGCAGAAUGGCUUUUGUAGAAAACCAUUUGCAGGUUAAUUUUUUUAAUUUUUUUAAUUAACUAAUUAUUUUCUAUUUUGGGUAUUAUAUUACUUCCCAUACCUAUUUCUAUCAAUAAGCGGGGUGUAUUUGUACUUACUUUCCCACCCGGUUUGCUCAUAAAUGUACAAUGCUUUAUUACCACGUUCCCAUUUUUACACCACAUCUAAAUGAAAUAAAACCUUUUCAGAAAGUCAAA